GAGGGGCGGGGGCAGCCCCGAACCGGCCCCAGGACUAACCCGCUCCCGUCUUGCACUUCCCGGCAACUUUGUCCCUUUGCACUCAGCCGAGCUGCUCCGGGAGCCUCGCCGUGACGAGGGUUUCCCCUACAGCCUCAGCUGGCGUGGCCAGGCCUCAAGUAUAGGAUGGGGCUUCCCCUACGAGUGCCGGUGGCAGCCAGAACUGAUAGAGUGCCUCUGGUCUGGGGCCAGGACACCAGCUGAGGAGGGCAGGAGUAUCUGGAGUCAUGGCUGGUGCCUCAGUGAAAGUAGCAGUGAGGGUUCGGCCCUUCAACGCCCGUGAGACCAGCCACGAUGCCAAGUGUGUGGUCAGCAUGCAGGGCAACACCACCUCCAUCAUCAACCCUAAACAAAGCAAGGAUGCCCCCAAAAGCUUCACCUUCGACUACUCCUACUGGUCACACACUUCGGCCGAGGACCCCCAGUUUGCGUCUCAGCAGCAGGUGUACCGGGACAUUGGGGAAGAGAUGCUGCUCCACGCCUUUGAAGGCUACAACGUGUGCAUCUUUGCCUACGGGCAGACCGGGGCUGGGAAAUCCUACACCAUGAUGGGGCGGCAAGAGCCAGGGCAGCAAGGGAUAGUGCCCCAGCUCUGUGAGGACCUCUUCUCUCGUGUUAAUGAGAACCAGAGUACUCAGCUAUCCUAUUCUGUAGAGGUGAGCUAUAUGGAGAUCUAUUGUGAGCGGGUACGAGACCUAUUGAACCCCAAGAGUCGGGGCUCUCUGCGGGUCCGGGAGCACCCCAUCCUGGGCCCCUACGUACAGGACCUGUCUAAAUUGGCCGUGACCUCCUAUGCAGACAUUGCCGACCUCAUGGACUGUGGGAAUAAGGCGCGGACUGUGGCCGCCACCAACAUGAACGAGACCAGCAGCCGAUCCCAUGCCGUCUUCACCAUUGUUUUCACUCAGCGCUGCCAUGACCAGCUCACGGGGCUGGACUCAGAGAAGGUCAGUAAGAUCAGUUUGGUGGACCUUGCUGGGAGUGAGCGGGCCGAUUCCUCAGGGGCCCGGGGCAUGCGUCUAAAGGAAGGUGCCAAUAUCAAUAAGUCUCUGACUACUCUAGGGAAGGUGAUCUCAGCCCUUGCGGAUAUGCAAUCAAAGAAGCGGAAGUCAGAUUUUAUCCCUUACAGAGACUCUGUGCUCACCUGGCUGCUCAAGGAGAAUUUGGGUGGGAACUCACGCACAGCAAUGAUUGCAGCCCUGAGCCCUGCUGACAUCAAUUAUGAGGAGACUCUCAGCACCCUCAGGUAUGCCGAUCGCACCAAGCAGAUCCGCUGCAAUGCUGUCAUCAACGAGGACCCUAAUGCCCGGCUGAUCAGAGAGCUGCAGGAGGAGGUGGCCCGGCUACGGGAACUGCUGAUGGCUCAGGGGCUCUCAGCCUCUGCUCUGGGAGGCCUGAAGGUGGAAGAGGGGAGUCCAAAAGGUGCUCUGCCAGCCGUGUCAUUUCCCCCUGCCCCAGCUUCACCUUCAUCUCCCCCAGCACAUAAUGGGGAGCUGGAGCCAUCAUUCUCUCCCAGUGCUGAGCCCCAGAUUGGGCCUGAAGAGGCCAUGGAGAGGCUGCAGGAGACAGAGAAGAUUAUAGCUGAGCUGAAUGAGACCUGGGAGGAGAAGCUGCGCAAGACAGAAGCCUUGAGGAUGGAAAGAGAAGCACUGCUGGCUGAGAUGGGGGUAGCUGUCCGGGAGGACGGAGGAACUGUGGGUGUCUUCUCUCCAAAGAAGACUCCCCACCUGGUGAACCUGAACGAAGACCCCUUGAUGUCCGAAUGUCUGCUGUACCACAUCAAAGACGGCAUCACCAGGGUUGGCCAGGUAGAUGUGGACAUCAAGCUGACCGGGCAGUUCAUUCGAGAGCAACACUGUCUGUUCCAGAGCAUCCCUCAGCCGGAUGGGGAAGUGGUGGUCACGUUGGAGCCUUGCGAAGGAGCUGAGACAUACGUCAAUGGGAAGCUUGUGACAGAGCCACUGGUGCUGAAGUCAGGGAAUAGGAUCGUGAUGGGAAAGAACCACGUUUUCCGCUUCAAUCACCCGGAGCAGGCACGACUGGAACGGGAACGAGGGGUCCCCCCACCCCCAGGACCACCAUCCGAGCCUGUGGAUUGGAACUUCGCCCAGAAGGAGCUGCUGGAGCAGCAGGGGAUUGACAUCAAGCUGGAGAUGGAGAAGAGGCUGCAGGAUCUAGAGAAUCAGUACCGGAAAGAGAAGGAAGAGGCUGAUCUUCUGUUGGAACAGCAGCGAUUGUAUGCAGAUUCCGAUAGUGGAGACGACUCCGAUAAGCGCUCCUGUGAAGAAAGCUGGCGGCUGAUCUCCUCCUUGCGGGAGCAGCUUCCCCCUACCACGGUCCAGACCAUCGUCAAGCGCUGUGGCCUGCCCAGCAGCGGCAAGCGCAGGGCCCCUCGCAGGGUUUAUCAGAUUCCCCAGCGGCGGAGGCUUCAGGGCAAAGACCCUCGCUGGGCCACCAUGGCUGACCUGAAGAUGCAGGCAGUAAAGGAGAUCUGCUACGAGGUGGCCCUGGCUGACUUCCGCCAUGGGCGGGCAGAGAUUGAGGCCCUGGCUGCCCUCAAGAUGCGGGAGCUCUGUCGCACCUAUGGCAAGCCCGAGGGGCCUGGAGACGCCUGGAGGGCUGUGGCCCGUGAUGUCUGGGACACGGUGGGCGAGGAGGAAGGAGGUGGAGGUGGCAGUGGUGGCGGUGAGAAGGGAGCCCGUGGGGCAGAGGUGGAGGACCUCCGGGCUCACAUCGACAAGCUGACGGGAAUUCUGCAGGAGGUGAAGCUGCAGAACAGCAGCAAGGACCGUGAGCUGCAGGCCCUCAGGGACCGCAUGCUUCGCAUGGAGAGGGUCAUCCCUCUGGCCCAGGAUCAUGAGGAUGAGAAUGAAGAAGCUGGCGAGGCUCCCUGGGCCACACCUGAGGGAUCAGAGGCGGUAGAGGAGGCAGCCCCCAGUGACCGUGCACCCUCAGCCCGGCCCCCUUCGCCACCCCUGUCAAGCUUGGAGCGGGUGUCACGGCUGAUGGAAGAGGACCCUGCCUUCCGUCGUGGGCGCCUUCGCUGGCUCAAGCAGGAGCAGCUGCGGCUGCAAGGACUGCAGGGCUCCGGGGGCCGGGGUGGGGGGCUGCGCAGACCCCCAGCCCGCUUUGUGCCCCCUCACGAUUGCAAGCUGCGUUUCCCCUUCAAGAGCAACCCCCAGCACCGGGAGUCCUGGCCAGGCAUGGGGAGCGGGGAGGCCCCAGCUCCACCCCAACCCCCUGAGGAGGUCUCUCCCCCUCCAGCCACCCCUGCCCGCAGGCCUCCAAGUCCUCGCCGGUCCCACCGUCCCCGCAGGAACUCCCUGGAUGGAGGGGGCCGAUCCCGGGGAGGGGGUUCUGUGCAGCCUGAACCCCAACACUUUCAGCCCAAAAAGCACAACUAUUAUCCCCAGCAGCCUCAACCAUACCCAGCGCAGCGGCCCCCAGGGCCCCGCUACCCCCCGUACACUACUCCCCCACGCAUGAGACGGCAGCGCUCAGCCCCUGACCUCAAAGAGAGCGGGGCGGCCGUGUGAGUCCACGUCCUGGACAGGGCCUGCCAGGCCCUGUGCUGGGAGGAAGGAGGAUGCCCGACAUGCUGCUUCCCUGGAAGCCCUGGGGCAGGGAGGCCCCGAGGUGAGAGAAGGUUCGAGUAGGUGACAGAGGGCGCAGGGUGGAUGAGCCGGAGGCUGAGGGAAGGAAGAGGCACGGAGUUGCCAGGAGCAAACCAAAGUGAAGGAAGAGGGAUCGAAAGCUGCCUUGGGGCCACCCCUUGCAGAAAGGGGUCCCACAAACGCUGCUAUGGGAGGGGUGGGGGGCUGGGGCGCCGUGUAGCCAGUGUUUGACUUUCUUUUUGAGUAGGGGGCAAGGAGGAGAGAAUCGAAUGAGGCAAGCUCUCUUCCCCAGCCCCUGCCCUUGUCUGUCUGUCUGUGAUGGGUUUCUGUUUCAAGGGAGGUGUGGUGGGAUCCUAAGUCAUUCCCUCCCCUUCCAGGCCUCCUGCUAUAUUUGGGGGACUUGUCUGGUUUGGCUGGAGUCCCAUGAGGAUGUGGGACCCCUUAAUAAAGGAUAGCAAACAGAGGGA